AUAAACUUUGAGCGGACGAGGGGAGAGAAAGUCUCUCUGUCUUUGCCUUGAGGGGGGCUCUUGGGUGGUCGCGGAACUAGGCACUGUGCGCUGGCAAAGGGAAGCGGAGGUCUCUAAAAGAAAAUGAAUUUGGCUGAGAUUUGUGACAAUGCAAAGAAAGGAAGAGAAUAUGCACUUCUUGGAAAUUAUGACUCAUCAAUGGUGUACUACCAGGGGGUGAUACAGCAGAUUCAGAGACAUUGCCAGUCAGUCAGAGACCCGGCUAUCAAAGGCAAAUGGCAACAGGUUCGGCAGGAAUUAUUGGAAGAAUAUGAACAAGUAAAAAGUAUUGUCAGCACUUUAGAAAGUUUUAAAAUCGACAGGCCCCCAGAUUUCCCUGUGUCUUGUCAAGAUGAACCAUUUAGAGAUCCUGCUGUUUGGCCGCCACCUGUUCCUGCAGAACACAGAGCUUCACCUCAAAUCAGGCGUCCCAAUCGAGAAGUAAGACCUCUGAGGAAAGAAACGGCAGGAGUAGGAGCCCGGGGACCUGUAGGCCGAGCACAUCCUAUAUCAAAGAGUGAAAAACCUUCUACAAGUAGGGACAAGGAUAAUAGAGCAAGAGGGAGAGAUGACAAGGGAAGGAAAAAUAUGCAAGAUGGUGCAAGUGAUGGUGAAAUUCCAAAAUUUGAUGGUGCUGGAUAUGAUAAGGAUCUGGUGGAAGCUCUUGAGAGAGACAUUGUCUCCAGGAAUCCUAGCAUUCAUUGGGAUGACAUAGCAGAUCUGGAAGAAGCAAAGAAGUUGCUAAGGGAAGCUGUAGUUCUUCCAAUGUGGAUGCCUGACUUUUUCAAAGGGAUUAGAAGGCCAUGGAAGGGUGUGCUGAUGGUUGGACCUCCAGGCACUGGUAAGACCAUGCUCGCUAAAGCUGUUGCCACUGAGUGCGGCACAACGUUCUUCAACGUUUCCUCCUCUACGCUGACAUCUAAGUAUAGAGGUGAAUCUGAGAAAUUAGUUCGUCUGUUGUUUGAAAUGGCUAGAUUUUAUGCCCCUACCACGAUCUUCAUUGACGAGAUAGACUCUAUCUGCAGUCGAAGAGGAACCUCUGAUGAACAUGAAGCAAGUCGCAGAGUCAAGUCUGAACUACUCAUUCAGAUGGAUGGAGUUGGAGGAGCUUUAGAAAAUGAUGAUCCUUCCAAAAUGGUUAUGGUGUUGGCUGCUACUAAUUUCCCGUGGGACAUUGAUGAAGCUUUACGAAGGAGAUUAGAAAAAAGGAUAUAUAUACCUCUCCCAACAGCAAAAGGAAGAGCUGAGCUUCUGAAGAUCAAUCUUCGCGAGGUUGAAUUAGACCCUGAUAUUCAACUGGAAGAUAUAGCAGAGAAGAUUGAGGGCUAUUCUGGUGCUGACAUAACUAAUGUUUGCAGGGAUGCCUCUCUCAUGGCAAUGAGACGGCGUAUCAAUGGCUUAGGUCCAGAAGAGAUCCGUGCACUUUCUAAAGAGGAACUUCAGAUGCCUGUUACCAAAGGAGACUUUGAACUGGCUCUUAAGAAAAUUGCUAAGUCUGUCUCUGCUGCAGACUUGGAGAAGUAUGAAAAAUGGAUGGUCGAAUUUGGAUCUGCUUGAAUUUCUGUCAGCUCUUUCAUUUCUGGUAUUUUUGUUUAUAAAAUGUGAAGAAAUUCAUGCAAUUUUUUUAAAAACAGGUUUGGAAUUUUUCAUUGGAGAGAUUUGCACUGAAAGGAAAAAAAUAUAAAACCACAAAGAAUACAAAAUAUAGUUGAGAAAUAAGAAAAGCUUAUCCUGAUAGUCUCUGUCCCCAGGCUUUGUGCUGGUAUUCCACAUAUUCAUGCAUAAAUAUUGCACACCCAAACCAGUAUGUCAGGAAAGCUGAAGAAAGUGAGCAGUGUGCUAUUUUAGGAACUUGUAAACAAAAGAUUUAGAAGGUCCUCUUAUUUCUCACUUGUGUUUGUCUUUUUUUUUUUUUUUUUUUAAUUCUUUGCUUUGUGCACAUGAGGGACCUACAUAUAUUGGCUUUUAACAUCAAAACUGGGUUUGUCAAAUUUAUUUGUUGUUAAGAGAAGAAUGAUAGUAAAUUUUGGAGGAAAUAAUGAAUUUGUUAGUUAAACCUUUAGAAUUCAAUUAUUACUUACGGUUAGAGUCUGUCAUAUAGUUAGAAUUUUUACUUCUUCCUCCCCUGACCGUUUCUUCUGUUAGGUAUUUAAUCAUUUCUGGGGCUUUGUCAAGGAAUAUCCUCAUACUCUGUGGUUUUUGAAUCAUUUUUCCAGGUUAUUUCUCUGGUUCUUUAGUAUUUUGGGGGGGUGCUUCUUAUAUCUCAUAUUGGAAAGUUGGGAAGAAAUACCGAUUGCAUUAGAUGAACUUCUUCAUUCUAGACUUCUAAGUUUGUUUUUACUUUUCUUGUCUUUCAGUAUGUUCAAACAGAUACAGCCGUUAUUUUUCUCAGCACCGACAUUGUAUGAUUUUCAUUGAAUUUGACUUUAUUAUUUGAGAUAAAUACUUUGGCAUUCUAAACAAGUUCACUCUUUUGUGGCAAAUGCAAGACAAACAAAAAUCUUUAUAGUUUUCUAGACAGUUUGUUUAACAGAACAGCACCAUACAUAAUGAACGAUGUUCAUUUGAAAAUUUGAAAAUUUUUCCUUGUCUCAAUUGAGAACUUGUACACACAAUAAGUCUAGGAUAACCAUCUGGCAUGCUCACUCAGUUCAGCAGGAAUUAGACAAUAGAAAGAAGCCACAAAAAGUGAAUGGCACAAAUUCAAUCUCAGGUAGAGUAUUCUGGUGUUAGUUUUUUAUAAUUAUAUUUAUCCUAUUUUAGUUAUUAGGCAAUCUAUGCUUUAA